AUGAUGCCUAAUGAUGUCUCCGCUUCUUCAAGCUGUGAACUGCAGCAAACCUCGAGUUACCAGCCACAGAUUUCAAUAUCUUACCUUAACGAUUCAGAAUUCGAAUCUGCCCUGAAAGAAAAACUGGAAAAGUUCAAGCUCAGUGAUGAAAUGGUUGACGAAGUUCAAAUGUUUUUUCCAGAACUUAAAUUGGAACCAAUGAAUCGGGAGCAACGUCGUAUAGCUCAUCGAAUUAUAAACCGGAUGGAGCUUAAAUCUAGCAGUUUUGGAAUGGAAGGUAACCGAAGGAUAACUGUAUCAAGAAAGUAUUUUCGCAUUGGUGGAAGUCAUAUCCUCGCUCCUGAGAUACUCCCUAUAAGUCUCACAGAUUCACAGCGUAAAAUGAUAUCUCGACAUUGUGCAGAAUUUCCUAUUGAUAGGAGCUCUAUCGAACAGCAUUUGGAGUCUAGCCUAUUAAAAAGAGACAGGGGAACAGAAGUCACUCGAUCAAAUGAACCUAUGCUAAUCCCUCCCAAGGCUAAUGAGACGCCGCAGAUGCGUAGUUUAAGGAUGUCUUUGCCAACUUUUGCUUUGAAGAAGAAAAUUGUGACUGCCAUUGAAACUCAUAAGGUCACAUUAAUUACUGGUGGAACCGGGUGUGGAAAAACUACACAGGUCCCGCAAUUUCUUCUUGAGUACGCCUGCGAAAAUGGAAUUCCGAUAAAGAUAAUUUGUACACAACCUCGCCGUUUACCGGCAAUGGCAGUUGCAGAACGAGUAGCUAGGGAACGUAACGAACGUGUGGGUGGAACAGUCGGUUAUCACAUUAGACUAGAACAAAAGUAA